GAGUAAGAAUAUAUGAAAUUAGAGCUUACGAAAAUUAUAUAAAAUAAAAAGGAGGUUACAUUGUUAAAGGCGGUGAAGAAGAGCUGCAACCAACAAACCACCAUUCUUGAUUCUUGAAGCUCUCGUUAAUGGCGGUUCAAGUGCAAAUGAGGAUCGGACUCCAUCUCUUUGUCGCUUUCCUCAUGAUUUCCCUCUUCUUCACCAAAACCUCCUUCGUUUCCUCCAUUCCUACGGAAGAGCUCGAAGCAAUGCUCUCCAUUGUCAGAGCUCGAGGCUACAAUCUCUUCUCCAACGCCAUAACCACUUCCGACCUCCAACUCGAUCUCCUCACCGCCGCCGCAAACGCGUCCUUCACUUUCUUCGCUCCAACCGACUCCUCUCUCUUUGCUCUCGCCAUGACUCAGUCCGCCGCCGCCUACACCGCAACUCUCCGCUACCACGGCCUCCCUCGCCGCCUCUCUGUUUCCGAUUUCAACCGCUUGCCUUCUCAGUCUCCGAUCCAGACUUUACUUCGCUCACAGUAUGUUACUCUCACUCGCCGCCUCCGUGGAUCUCGCUCCGACGCCAUUUCUGUCAACGGCGUUAACGUUGUCCUCCCUGGAUUGUACUACAGCCGUCACGUUGCCGUCCAUGGCUUGGGAGGAAUUCUAAGUCUCCAUUCUCAGAUCGGAUUUCCGUACGAUUCUCCGCCUCCUCUUCCGCUGUUUCGCCCUAGCGCUCCGAGUAGCUUUCCGCCUGAAAACAGAGAUUUCACCGCUCCGGCCGCUGAUCGUGUAUUUCCACCGAUUAGUCCAAGUAAUUCUUCAAACAAAACUGUAGAUCUUCCAUUUAAUCGCGUAUAUCUUGGUCCUCCGCCGGAACGAUCGAAUUUCCAAGUCGAACCGCCGGUAAUUUCCUCUGUUUCUCCAUCGACCAGUCCUGUAGUUCCGCCAGUCAUUUCGAAUGAUUUAACUCCGUCGACGCGGAAUGAGAAGGAGAUUACGCCGACACCGUUGAUGAGCGGCUCGGCAGCGUGGAUGAUAAAAUCGGAAGACGGUUUGAUCGGAAGAACAGUGGAGGAGGAGUAUGAGCCAUUGGAUUGGAUGGCAUUUGGAUUCACUGAAGGAAAUUCAAAAAAUGUUGAUGUUGAAGAUAGUCAUCCUCGUCCAAAUGUGUUGCAGCGUCUUUGAAUUUAGACAUUGCAGAAGGUAUGGAUUCUUUCUUGUAAUCUCUUCCAUUUAUGGCUUUUAAUGGCAGAUGAACUUCAUUUUUGAUGCACAGAAAUUAAGAGUACUGUAUGGAAGGAUUUUGUGUAAAUUCUUUGUUUGAUCUGAGCUGCGUUUUGAAGAAUCGAAU